AUGGCUGUUCAAAAAGGUUAUAAAGUAUCCAUGUCAGCUGAACAAGCUACAGAGUCCCACUCGUACGAGGUCAAACUUCCCGGAGAGGUCAGGGCCAGCAUUCAGGCAGGACAUCAGAUGGUGUACACCAUUGGCACAGAGGACAGCCACGUUGUAAAAACCCUUAGCGAGUUGGAUAACUCUGCGGCUACUGUCCAAAAAGAGAGGGUCACCCACCAGGCUGCAGUUCUGCAGUCACAUGAUGUACAAGAGAGACUGUCUAUGCGUGUCACCCUUUCACCUCAAGUUUCAGUAGUUCCUACGAAACAGCUCCGUACAACUGCCUUUCAUACAUCUGCUGUUCAGGAGAGCCCAAAGCUCACAAACCAGCACUGUGACUAUAUCCAAAGCCCAGAAGUCAUAUCUUCAAAAGAGAAGCAUUCAAAAUUAAUGUCUGCCUCUUCUGAGGAGAUAACCACCUUGGCGAGUGUAAGCACAGAGAUAUCAGGUGACAAGAAUACAGAUAAAGUAAAGCCAACCUCCGAGCCAAAACAUCUUGUCAGUAGUCAUCAAGUUGAAUCCCAACUGUCUAUUUUAAAAGAACGAUCUCAAGAAAUUCUCAAGCCACAGGAGGGGAAAAGUAAUAAAGUCAAAGAAGGCGUUAAGAUAUUGUAUUCCGCUAUGUCAACUGAAAAACAGAUGAUUCCUGAGGGACAUACAACAGAUGUGCCCUCUGCUGAUUCUGCUCUUAAAUCUUCAGUGACAAAACAAUCGUUCAAACCAAUUCUCGCCUUAGUUUCGGAGACUAAACAAGCAUUAACAAAAGAGACUAAAUUCACCAUGCAGAGACCGGAUGCAGAGAAGGCUCUCCUUCGUAAGGAUUAUGUUAUGAAAUCUGCACUGACAGCUGAGGAGAAGCAGAUGUUACAAGCGGAACACACAGAACAAGUGCAGAGUUUAGAAAGUGCUAUCUCAAUAUAUUCUCAGGUAGAAGGUGAACAGGUACUGCAUUUGGAGAUAAUAAGAGAUCAGGAUAUCCUACCAUCUGAGGAACCCUUUACUUGUGAGAAACCAGCUGUAGAACAAGCAGGUGCCAGGAAAAGCCCUACUCUUUUACAUACAGUAACCCACAAUGAACGGAGAUCUGUAACUUGCGAAGAUACCACUGAGUUUGAGGCCAAGAGAGACAUAAUGACCAUUCAGCCCCAAAAACAAACCCCUACCCCAUUACAUCUUCAAUCAGUUCAUCCAGAAGGUGCCUUAACCAAAGAGGGAAUUAUUACCAUUGAAAAUCCAGACCAACAGACAGAAGCAGAAGAAAGACAGAAAACAUGCAGCAACCUCAGAGGAAAAAACGGAGCUUAG